UACGAGAAGAGAACCAUUUGAUGGAAGAUAAGAAAAAGAAAAAGCAAGACGAGAAGAAAAAGAAAGAAGCUGCUCAGAAAAAGGCCACAGAACAGAUAACCAAAGUGCCAGACUCUGCCAAACUCGACCCCGCCCCUCCUCAUCCCCCCAUCAACCCCAGUGUCGUCCUGUCUGUACCCCAAAACAGUGGCAAUGGCAAGCGCGCCCCCUGCGGAGGCCAGCCGCAGACAGCACAGCAGCCCCAGACUCUGCUUCAACAGCGCUACCCACCCAGAGAGGUUCCCCCACGCUUCCGCCAGCAGGAACACAAGCAGCUGUUGAAGCGGGGCCAGCCUCUGCCCUCUGGGACCCUGCCCCUCAUCACCACGGGACGUCCUGCCACUACUGAGCCUGCAGCAGCAGUAGCCAUACACUCCUCUCCCUCCUGCUCCUCUUCCUCCACAGCGAGCCUGCCUACAGAACUGCCCCCACAGAGUGGCCAGGGAGCCCAGUAUGAUAAUCCCCUUUGGGGACACCUGCCAGCCAACAGGAGUGCCACAAGUGCUGCAACUUCCACCAAUAUCAGUGUCUGGGAUCAACUGAUAAUUGACAAGAAGAACACAGAGGCUUGGCCUUCUAAUACUCUUAGCCAGAGCCAGGCCCUUCCAGGAGGAUGCCCUUUGGACACUGACCCAGGUCAUUUGACCAGCAGCAGCAGCAGUACUAGUAGUAGUAGUUGUAGUACAGCAAGUAUGGCCACAGGGGCCAAUAGCCAGUCAGGCCACUUUCCUGCCAACCAUUUGGGCAGCAAGGUCAACAGUGGGCCCAGCCCUGCCAAUCAUACUGGAACCAGUAUGCACUCUAGCCAGGUUGCAGCCAAUCGCAGCUGGGGCUCUGGGCCUGGGCCCUCCCACUGCCCCCCUCAGUCCUCAGUGGGGAGUGAAGGGAAGAGUGACAGCCCGGUGGGAGGAGGCAGCAGAGGGUGGGGCUGUUCUUCAUCAUCCUCCACCACCAACUUUAACUUGAACUUGAACCCUAACGCCAACCCAUCUGCCUGGCCCAUGUUGGGGCAUGAUGGUGGCACAGGGGGAGGCAGCUCAGGUGGAGCCAACACCAUUUCACCUCCUCAACCUACACCCAACCUCUGUAACCCCUCUGGCCCCCCACCAGCCCAGACCAGCACCUGUACCGGAGCCAACACUAACAGCAACUCCUCGGGGAUUGGCAGCGCCUGGGGUAGCAUAAUGGCAUCUGAUACAUCAGAGCCACACCCCUCCCCGUCCACGAAUGUGUCUUUCAGUUCAGAACCUCAGAACCUUAAAACUGAUGGACCAAAUCACACUAAUAAGCAGGAACCCCCCAGCCCCAUCCACAACUUGCCUGGCUGGGGUGGUGCACCUGUAGGCUUGGGUUCCAUGGGCCAGCACCCACCAGGGGCCCCACAAGUCAAUGGAGAAGAUGGUAGCUCAGUAUGGGGUAAUAGUGGUGAAUCAAAGGCACCUUCAUCUAAGGAUGCAUCUGGCUGGGACUCUGGCUGGGGCCAUGGUGGAGGUGGAUCAGGAAACUCUGGAGGCUGGGGAAAGCAGCACACUGAAGAGGCCCAGGGAGGCUGGGAUGGCCCCACCUCUCCUCCACCGGAUUCACAGGCUAGUCCUUGGAGCAGAGCUGUGAGCACAACUGGUGCCAGUGAGGGGAGCAGUGAUAGCAUGGAAGGAAACCCCCAGUGCAGAGACCGCUCAUCCAGAGAUAAUCCAGCUCCUCCUCUGCCUGCCCAAGAUCUGGACCCCAGGGUGCUGUGUAACACUGGCUGGGGACAGACCCCUGUUCGCCAGCACACCUCCUGGGACAUGGACGAUACUAAACGCAAGAAUGAUCCAGGCACUGAAUCAUGGGGCUCUGGCCCAACCAGUUCAAGCGAUGCCCAGGGGCCCACCAACACUAACAUGGGCCCCUCUCAGAGGACUGAUUCUGGAAGCAAAAAUGAUGUCCCUGCUUCUCAGGGAGCUUCACGUUGGGGAGGAAACAUAGCUGCUACCAACCAGACCAGCUCUGGUUGGGGAGAGCCACCCAACAACAUUAAGCCCCCAGGUGGCCCUGGUGGCUGGGGAAAUCCACCAAAAGGAGUCCCUACCACCAGUAUAGCCAAGAAUAGUGGUCAGUCAUGGGGAGAGGAGAAGUCGAAAGGGUGGGAUGAUUCUCACAUCAAGGCCACAUCCCAGGGCUGGGGAGAGCAACCCAAAGCAUCCCACAGUUGGGGCAAUAGUGGAGGGAGCAAUAAUGCAGGGGACUGGAGAGAACCAGAAGAGAACAAAAAGAGUCCCACCAACCCUGGCUGGGAGGGAGAAUCGGGAGGCUGGAAGGAAAACCAACGAAGCUGGGGAAUACCUGCUGCAGGACCUGGAAUAUCUGGAGCUGGAGGAAAUGGGGCCUGGGGAGAGCCAGUUUGCCAGCAUCCCAGUGGCCCUUCCCAAGGUUGGGGGGGCAAGCCUCAGGAUGGACCCAGUGGUAGCAGUGGAGGUAUAGGCUCUUGGAGUGGCUCAGGCCCAGUCAAGCAGAGUGGAGGCUGGAGUGGCAGUAAGCAGGAGACCUUAGCUGAUCCUACAGGCUGGGAAGAGCCCUCCCCAACUUCAAUCCGACGUAAAAUGGAGAUAGAUGAUGGGACCUCAGCUUGGGGCGACCCUGGUACCUACAGCAAGGCAGUCAACCUGUGGGACAGGAACAAUCCAGGAAUGUCCCAGGCUAAAGCUACCACUGGAGGCAAUAACCCCCCAGGCCCCAGCAACAACCAUCCCCACUCUCACAAUCACCCCUAUCAUGGGCCACCUGCACCUUCACAAAAUCACACCCAAAAUACCCCAAACCAAGGCCCUACCAGUGGGCCUAUGGAACCUGUUGUGCAACACCAGUCUGGGCCACCCCACAACAGAGUUCCCCUUAUAACUCAAGGUUGGGGAGAGCCACCCAGCUCCCACACAAAAUCAGAGAGCACAUGGGGGGAGUCCGCACCUUCAGCUGUGUCAGUCAGCGUGGACAAUGGUACGUCUGCCUGGGGAAAACCUACUGGGAGCUGUGGGGGCUGGGGAGACAGCAACCCAGACAGCUAUGGUAGGGGCAACCCAACUAUGCCAUCUGCAUCUUGCAAACCUGCCCCCAAACCUAUGCAAGAUGGAUGGGGAGGUGGAGGUGGAGGUGAAGAGCUAAACCUGUCGGGGGGUCAGUGGGAUGCUGAGGAGGGAGACAUGUGGAACAACACUGCCUCCCAGGAGAGCAACUCCUCCUGUAACUCUUGGGGCAAUGCAUCCAAAAAGGGCCCACAGAAGGGGAAGGUACCAGGGAAGCAGGAAGAUACAUGGAUCAUGAAUCGUCUUAUCAAACAGCUGACAGACAUGGGCUUCCCUAGGGAUCCAGCAGAAGAGGCUCUGAAGAGCAACAACAUGAACCUGGACCAGGCUAUGAGUGCCCUGCUGGAGAAGAAGACAGAGCUGGACAAGCGGGGGAUGGGGAUGGCCGGCCAUGACUACAACAACGGGCUCAUCAACAAGCCCAUGAGUUGCCCACGGCCUCCGCUUCUUUCCAAAGACCCUUCAGCAGACCCCCGAUUGCCCUUCAUGGAUAAGAUGCAGAGUGGAAUGUUUGGUGGUGGUGGAGCAGCACAAGCCCGGGCCAUGCAGCAGCCGCCUCCUCAGCCGAUUGUGCCACCUCUCAGCUCCUCUCAGCCUAAUACACGUGCUCAAGUGCCUCAGUUUCUCUCCCCUCAGGUUCAAGCACAGCUCUUACAGUUUGCAGCAAAAAACAUUGGUCUGAAUCCUGCACUUUUAACCUCACCAAUAAACCCUCAACAUAUGACCCUUCUGAAUCAACUUUACCACCUGCAACUGGCAUACCAGCGUUUACAAAUUCAACAGCAGAUGUUGCAGGCGCAGCGCAAUGUUUCUGGCCCCAUUCGACAACAAGAGCAGCAAGUUGCACGUGCAAUCAAUAACAUGCAGCAGCAGAUCCAACAGAACCAGCGUCAGCUGGCCCAGGCCCUGCUAAUGAAGCAACAGCAACCCCCCCCCUCCCAUUCUGGCCUGCAUCCUGGUGGGGUCAAAUCCUCUCUGGAUUCAUUUCCAGGUCACCCUCAGGCUCCAGGCCUCCCUGACCUGCAGACCAAAGAGCCGCAGUCAUCUAACACCUACAGCCCCUACUCUCUCUCUGGACUGAAUCCAAACAUGAAUGUAAACUGCAUGGAUGUGGGAAGUCUGUCUAUGAAGGACCACCCUCAGCCCCAAUCGCGCCUGUCGCAGUGGACACACCCCAACUCCAUCGAAAGCCUCUCUGGAACCUCUUCUCCUCUGGAGCCCAACCUGAACAAGCAUGGUGCCAACCUGGGCCCUCCUGGUAAACCUCCUCAGCUGGAGGACUCUUACAGCCCCUACAACCUGAUGUCCAGCUCAGAGUCUUCUACCAGCCCCCUGGUCCCCCCAGACAGCUGGGGGCAGGGAAAGAGCAGCAGUGACAAGAUGACCAAUGGGACCAAUAUCAACUGGCCACCAGAGUUCUGCCCUGGUGUACCAUGGAAGGGCCUCCAGAAUAUCGACCCAGAGACUGACCCCAACAUGACCCCUGGAAGUGUCCCGAGUGGGCCCACCAUCAACACCAACAUCCAAGAUGUCAACCGCUACCUGCUGCGAGACAGAAGUGGAGGUAAACUGUCAGAGAUGAAAUCUACUUGGUCUCCGGGCCCCAUUUCUCACAACCAGGCUUCUCUGUCCCACGAGCUGUGGAAGGUCCCACAAGGUCCCCGGAGCAGCAACACGGCCCCUUCCCGCCCCCCGCCUGGCCUCACAAACACCAAGCCUUCUUCAACCUGGGGGGGAAACUCUCUGGGUCUGGCCCAAGGCUGGAGCAGCUCUUACACCACAGCAGGUACCACAUGGAGUACAGACAGCUCCACCAGGACCAGUAGUUGGCUGGUUCUGAGGAAUCUUACUCCACAGAUUGAUGGCUCAACGCUGCGUACGUUGUGCAUGCAGCACGGCCCCCUUAUCACAUUUCACCUCAACCUGAUACAGGGCAGUGCUGUGGUGCGCUACAGCUCCAAGGAUGAAGCUGCCAAGGCUCAGAAGUCCCUUCACAUGUGCGUCCUUGGGAACACCACCAUUCUGGCAGAGUUUGCCGGAGAGGAGGAAGUGAAUCGCUUCUUUGCACAGGGCCAGUCGCUUGGCGGAACAACCAGCUGGCAGGCCGCUCCAGGCACCAAUCAGACAAGGAUGGGUGGGACCGGGUCUGGAGCCUCUCACCCAAUUGGUCACUCACCCCACUGGAACAACAACAACAGCAGCAGCAGUAGCAGUGGGCUGGGAGCAGGCGGAACAAAGACAGGCGGAGAGCUGCUGUGGGGUGGUGUGCAGCAGUAUUCCAGCCUGUGGGGACCCCCGAGUGGAGAGGAGGGACGGGUCAUGGGGAGUCCCACCCAAAUCAAUACGCUGCUGCCUGGGGACCUGCUGAGUGGGGAGUCCAUGUAGGACAGAAGAGCCCAGACUAAACAAACACCAACAGGAGCAAAAAUCUUUUGUUGCAAAUCAAUGUGGAGAUAAUCAGCGUGGGUGUAACGGUGAAGGGAGAGACGAGAGGAUGACGAGGCUACAUCCUCGCUGCUCACCCUCGUCAACCUCCUCUACUCCUUGUUUUUAAAUGACAUUUCAGUUGCAGUUCUUUUGUGAAUCUCAGUGAGAGAUUUUGGUCACAGUGUUCAGCUUUUACUUUUGGAGACACAGGAAGAAGUGUUUCAUUCAGAAAAAAAACUUUUUACAGAAAUGAACUUUUGCGAACUCGCCGUGUGAAACAUGUACUUUAGUCAAACUGACACAAUGAGGAGCUGCCAUCUUUUAACUUGCGUAAUCCCUCUCUGCCUUUUGAGGCAAUCAUACUGCACCUCAGAGAUCCAUGAAAAGGCAUCAUUCCCAAAGUAAAAUCCUUCAAUCAGAGUGGCUGUAGAACUUUCAGCUGGUCCAGACUCAACAUUUGUUUCUCCCAGCACUAAUAUUAGCCUUAACCUCUUUCCUGCCCUGCUAUCUUCACUCACUCUGUACUUGGUGAAGAAGCAUACGGACACUUGCACACCCUUAUUUCUGAGCCAGUGAAACCCGAGUGGAGAGUACAUGCUGCUGCGGCCUAACAUAAGCAACCACAGCUCACAACUUCAGUGCAUUUUUUUGCAAGCAGAUUGAGUUCCCCACACAAAUGCUCAAAGGGAAUGAUGCAACUCUGUUCGCCUCGUUCAAGCCAUUUAUUUUUGUAGUGGUUUUUUUUUAAAUUUUCUUCUUGAACCAUUGCAAGCAAAGUUAAGAAAUGAUAUUAUUCAAAUGUGUCUGUCAAUCUUACGUGGGGGGGGAGGGUUUAGGUCGCAUGUACAGUUACAGGUGUGAUGGACGACAAAAUGAACCACUGCAAUUACUAUGGAACUGUAAAGACAAACACUUCAAUGCACCUCAACUCAUCUGUGGGUUCAACUCGCAGUUUGGUCUCAGUCUCGGACCUUCUCACUGACGUUGUGGAAAACCUCAAGUCGUAAAUGUUUUCUCGCCUGUGUGCAGUCAAUGACCCCCCGCCCCCUCCUCACCCCACCCCUCCUUGCUCCACGCGCAAAACAACAUUUCAAGUGACGUGCAAUAUAAGCCACAGACUCUACCGUCCAAGCACCCUAACCAUGACCUCUCACAGAAAGAGAGGAGACUAUGAGGAAUGAUUGAACUGCAAGAACUCUUAUCUGCCCUGCACCCCCACCCUAAAACUGCCACUACUAACCUUCAUCCCCCAACCCCACCCCCAAGGUGUGUGAGCUCAGGAGAGUAGCAGGCUGGCCUUUAACCAUCUUCUGUCUGAAAUACAAGGACGUUCACACAAAGCACUUCUUCAGCCAGCCUACUCUCCACACUUAUGCCAGUGACUAGUUUUGGGGGACAGGCGUGUGUGUGUGUGUGUCUCUAUGUAUGUGUGUGUGUGUGUGUGCUUGGGGAGAAGGCAUCAAACCAAAAUGAGAGGAGCCUGUUUCCUUUUUUUCCCUUUUUUUUUUACCCAGAAGACCAGAUGACCUUUUUUCUUUUGCCCAAAUUUGUGUCGGUAGAGAAGUAUGAAGCAAAGAUACUUGUUUGUGAAUAGGUGGUCUAUCAUAGCACUUAACAAGAGCAUCGCAGCUCAUUAUACCCUCAAUGCCAACAAAUAGAAGAAAGGAGAAGCAACACUGGCAAAUAAAAACUGAAAAAAGACAAAAAAGCAAUCUGCUUAGUGGCUUCUCUAUAUACUUAUUUUUUAACUUAACAUGGAUGUGAAGAUUUUUUUUUUUUUUUUUCCAAAUCCUUCUUCCCUCAAGUGGAUGGGACCAGGAAGGAUGUCAAACAUCGUAGCAAAGUGAAGGGAAAUACAAAGAAAGAACUGACUCAACUGAUGAUGGGUGCAGCAGGGAAAACACCCCACAGCACCCAUCCUCACCCUCACCCUCUUUUAUCAAAGUAAAUAUCACUGUUACAUUGCAUCAUUUGAAAUCUUUAGCCUUGGCGUCUGGAAAGCUCGACGUGUUCAUGUUCUACUGGGUCCAGCAGGGAGGAUCGCCAUCUCUAUCGUCCUUUUGUUUUUUUGUCUUUUUGUCUUCUUCGUAUCGGAGGCCCUGCCAACCUGUGUGAUAGUGUGGCCACUGAGUGCCUGCCUGCUGCAGAGUGCUGUGCUCUGCAGCAGCCCUCACCCCGCCCUCCCUCUUCGCUCGCUCGCUGCCUCCCUGCAGAUCCUUACAAACUGGCUUCCCUCCUCCUCUUCCUCCCAUAGGCCUCCGGGCCAAGAGCAGCUCUUUCAGAACUGGCCCACCUGUAUUAAAUUUACUACUACUGCUGCGCCAGAGUCUGUCCUCAGCAACCUCCACUUCCACUCUCUCUGUCUCUCUCCUGCAAGGAUCACUUUAGCCAGAGAUGGAGGCGUUUAAUGUGUUUGUUUGUUUUUUUUCUUUCUUGGAUUCACUUACGGAGUUGCCAGUGUGCAUUGUUAUUUUAUUGUUGUCAUGAAGUUUGCUGUUAUUGUUGCUGUUAUCAUUGAUGAUAUAGUUAAUGAUUGUUUUCUGAUGAUGAAUUCAUGGCUUUUUAAUAUUGGUCUUUAUGCAGUGUUCAGUUUCUCUCCUGCCCCUCCUGUUGCCUCCUUGGCAGAACCAGUCUGAAGUUUAGAGGUACGCCUCUGCUGCGCAACAAGGUCUGGAUGAAAGGCAAGGCCAUAUGAAACACUGCAGAUCUCCGAUCAGACAGUUAAACUGAACAGUCAAAUUGAAUUGGAAAGGUAGUAAAUGUUAUAUGGACUGCAUUUAUGCAGCGCCUUUCUUGUCUUCCGACCACUCAAAGCGCUUUACAAUACAUGUCAUAUUCACCCAUUUAUACACACAUUCAUACACUGAUGGCAGAGGCUGCCAUGCAAGGUGCCUGCUCAUCAGGAGUCUCUAAUCAUUCACAAACAGACACUGAUGGCACAGCCUUCGGGAGCAAUUUGAGGUUCAGUAUCUAGCCCGAGGACACACGCGGACUGGAGGGGCCGGGGACCCUAUUAGUGGCCGACCCGCUCUACCUCCUGAGCCACAGCCGCGUGUAGUCACAGAUUCUCCAGGAUAGUGAGCAAUCUCCACGCUAUGUUGUCUCAUAACACACACAUCCUUUAGUGUUGAUGGGCCUCACUCACACUGGUGCUUUAUGUUUAACUCUGGGAGCACUCAGUUACACUUAGAACCACCUCAACUGAUAAACAGCCUUCCAUUUCUAUGCAAAGACAAGGAGGUGUUCGUUCACAGCCAUCUAGAAAAAUCACAGCCAUCCCCCCACAUCUGCCAAUCAUCACUUACCUCUCAACCUUUACUACCAGGCAGCUUCCCUUGAACCUCCCCCUCCCCCGGAUUAAAUGAAGGGGACACUGAAAAAGCCUCUUUUCAAGGGUUUAGUCUCCCACUGUGUGGACAGAGCUACUAGAUGACACUAAAUGACCUGCUGGAGGCACUAGUGGUUGGCAACAUUUCUUUAGUCUUGUGCCAACUGAUCUACAAAUAUCUACUUCCACCUUGCCAUAUCCUAAUUUAUCUUUACCAUGACGAAACUUCAGUUUCUUUUAUUGCUGCAGGGGCGUACAUCACAAGCUUCAGCUGUAGGAGGCUCAAGGAGUAGAAGGGCAGGACAGAUGAAUGGUGCUGCUGGUCUUUCACCAACAGGGGACUGGAAUUUUAGUGGCUGCAGGAGAAGGGGGGGGGGGGGGUUGGUUGGUUGGUUGGUUGGUUGGUUGGUUGGUUGGUUGGUCCCUGUAUGUGUCUGUGCACUGUUUAUGGGUCACAUCGGGUACAUCUCUUUAAAAACCAAAAACAUUAUCUUUUUCUUUAUCAUCAAGGUUUUCACAAAAACUAAAACUACAAAAAGAAAAAAAAAGUCUGUUUCAGCUGUGCACUCCAAAGCUGAGAUGCCUGUGUUCUGUUUCUCUGCAAGCUGCCACCUACUUGCCCCGUCUAGGCUCGUUCUCUGGGCCACAUCUGGGGAAGCUGUAUCCACGAGGUUCACUCUGGACCUCCAACCUGAUGGUUGUGCCAGCUAAUAUACAACAGGUCAUUUUCUGCACAUCUGGCUUUGGGAUCGAGGUCCAAGCAGGGACCCAACGUAUCAGCAGAAACAAGGACACACCUCAAGUUCGGUACCAAGUCUUAAAAUUUAGGGGAUUUGCCCUCUUCCAGAGUCCCUUGAGGCUUGUGUCAUUCAACAAAACAAUCACUAUUGCCUGUGUUGUUUGUUUGCGUGUCUGUUUGUUCCUGAAAACCUGCAUUUACUCCACACUGGACUUAAAUCAAGGAACUGGCGUUGAAGUGGGGAGUUGAAUAGAGUGGGAGGACGGGUGACUGGGACGGAGGUUGUGUCUCAGAUGUGCCCUGGAUUUCUUGGCGCAGCACCAGCACUGAGUGCCCAGCCCCCCUCCCACACCCCUCACCUGCACUAUUAUCUACCUGUCUAGUGUUGGAAAUCAGAUGCUCUCCCUUUUUAAAGUCACACGGACUCAAAGGAAACUGGAGCACGAGCAAAAUAUGCUUCUCAAUCAUGGAUCAAAUCAAAACAAAGGCCUGGGUUGAAUAUGCACAUGCUAGUUCAUAUACAGUAUACAACCAAGAGUACGUAUGGGCGUAUGUGUGUAUAUGGCUAGAUCUCUGUUUUCCACUUAGCCUAAGCCCUUUCCCCCUGUGCCCUGGCUUCAGCCCUUACCCUGUGUAUCCUCCUUCAACAUGAUAUUUCCCAGAAGACAAGAUCAUAAACAUAUCAGAGUAAUACAAAAUAAUGAAAACAAAUACUUGAAUCAAAAGAAGCGCCAAUAAUGUAAUGUGAACACUUUUUGUAGUGGUUUUUGUCUCAUUCAUACACUUCAGAGAUUUUUGAUAUCAUCAGUUCAGAGUAAAUUAAAUUUGAAAUACGAGUGUUGUUGAAAACAAAGAUCGAUUAUAAAGGCAAAUUUACAUCUGUUGUAUUUGAGUGUUUGCACAAGGCUGCUUGUACUGUAUGUUGUAUGAAUGAAUGUUUAGUGUGUGUGUGUGUGUGUGUGUGUGAAAAUAUGUGAGAGCUCGUGAUUACAGCGGAGGAAUUUCCGCCUUGUGUUUCUUUUCAAUUCAGUAUACUUUUGUUGUUGAUUUGUUUGGUUUUUUUUCUUUUUGCUUGUCAAAAAUAUAUACUGAUGUUAAUUGUUACUAGCCUCUAGCGUUGCACUGAGUGUCGACCUCACCCCUCAUCCAGCUAAACGAACAACAUGAUACAAGUACUGAGGGGAGACGGGGACAGUUCAUGUGUAAAUGUUUACUCAAGGACUAAAAUAAGUGUGUUUUUAAAAAUGUAAUGUUUAUCUACCUUAGUGGCUUUCAUUGUGGAAUAAUCCAAGAAAGUAUGGAUCAUAUUUGAGUAUUGCACCAUUUUUCAGACUAUAAACCUAAAAAAAACCUGAAAACUGAAAAAAAAAAUCACAUAUGUAUAAAAAAAAUGCAGCAAAAAAAAGUAUUUUGCAGACCUGUGGCCAUAGAUUGGGGUAGAACGACUUCUGCUCUCCCAAAUCUGAGCAACAGAGAGAGUGAAGGACAAGACAUCAGACUGAGCCUCGACUUCUAGGGCUCACCUCAGCGGUGCCUACCUUUUUGGUUUGUUAGCUUUCGUUCUGUUUUCACUUAUGUUCAUUUCACUCAUGUUGUCGUUUGUUUUCCUGCAAGGCCACUGACAGUUUACAAACACUUAGUUUAUUUCUGGAGUUCAAAAAGAAAAAAAUAAAUCAGCAAAACAAAGGAAUUAUACCAUGGGAAUGUUGGAAAAAGAAAAAAAAAAAAGGACAAAUGCUUCCAUUUUUUAAAAAGUGCAAACAACACUUCACAGAAGGAAGAUUUCUUGUGCUACUUUCAGAACUCUGGGAUUGAACAGUGUUGUCUUGUUCUGUUUAACCUUCUUUGUUCUGUGUUAAUGUUGAUUUCAUGGACUAUCUGAAGCCUGUAUGGUUUAUGUUGAUUAUAUAUAUUUUUCCUUUAUAAAAAAAAAAAGAAAAAUGAAAAGAAAAAAAAAGACAUAAUUGCUCACUAUCUUGCACACACACAAAAAAGUGGAUCUUGUCUCAGGAAGGCCAGGGUUCCAGAGUACCAACUCCACGCCAUUUUAAUGUACAUUUUUAUGACAAGUUAAAAAAAAAAACAUGAAAAAAAAAGAAAAAAGGAUGAUUUAAAAGAAACGAUUCUAAGCACUGAAAGUUAUGGAUUUCAGAAGAAGAGAAAAUACCUUUUGUUUCUAAAUCCGUAGCAGUUACAUAAUAACCAAAUAAUGGACUUUAAAUGAAAAUGGAGUGCUUUAUAUAUAAAUCUAUAUAUUAAAAUUGCUUUACAUUUAAAAACAAAAAUGGUCAAUGAUUUUGAUUGUUAAAAAAAAAAAAGAAAGACAGUGAAUAACAUGCAAAAUGCUGUAUGUUUGAAUCUUUAUUGUGUUUUCUUAAUGAGGUCCCGUCCUGACUGAAUCAGGAACAUUGUGCAUUACUCUUUCUUUCCUCUCUCUCUCUUUCUAUCUCUUUCUGUCUCUCUCUCAUUCUCCCACAGCGGGUAUUAUUAAUAGAUAAAUCAGACUUUUGUGGAACAUUUUUCACAUUUGGAGGAUGUUUAUAAGACAUGAGCUGGUUGUAAAGGAUCAUGAAACUAUGCACAAGUGUUGGGGAGGGGGGAGGGUGGAAGAUGGGGAGGGGAUUUUAUGGCCGACUUCGAAGUGGCUGAUUUAUUGCAGGGGUUUUUGGGAUCCAAUGUGUUUCGUUUUUGUUUUUUAAGUGGGUGGAGAGGUGAUUCAUGUCAAGCCCUCCACCUCCAGCUUCCUUCCCCUGAUUCAGAUUGACCUAGCGCUACAUCGCCAUGCUGUGUAUUCCUAAAACCAAU